UGACUUCCCAUUGAUUUAGAAGCGCUUUUAAUUAGAUUCCUCACUCUGUAGUCUGUACAUUUCCGGCAAAAAUGCAAAAUGGAUGUUGACCACAUGGAGGAUUUGAAAUCUUCUACCUUGCCUUGCUCAUACAUCUGGACGGUGAACAAUACUGAGUAUUUCACUCGUUCAGAAAGGUGCCUUCACGUGGAGGCUCAAUAAUAUUUCACUCGUUCCAGACUUCAGUCGUCACUGCUCGCGACGGCCAAACCUCUCACUUCACGCCGAAUAGCCCCCGCUUCUCCCAGCGGACGAAUCUUUCGAGUCUCGACGAAGAGCAUUGUUCAGGCACCAAAAAGAUCCAUAGGAAGAAAUGAAGAACAACAUUAUGCGUAGGUGAUAUUAUUAAUUUCAAGAAACAGAGCAGUAGCAGCAGUGGUUACAAGAUUUAGGAGAGUGUGAUUUCUCUUGGCGAAUUGGCCUCCCUCACGCUGCUACGGUGCUAUUUCAGGAAAAUUUCCAUUUGGAGUUAAAAAAAUAAUCACAGCCUUUUCACCAGAGUGGUAGUGGUUGGCCACAACAAUACAAGGUCUGGGAGGACUGUAGGAACCAUUUUUUUAAGCACUUUAAUUAUAUAUACAUAGUACUCCCUCCGUCCCAUUGGACUUUGCCAUCUUUUCAUUUUUGAUUGUCCCAAAAAACUUUGCUAUUUUCCUAUUAAAGCAAUUAAUUUGUGGUUUUGAACAUUUCUUUCUCCUCUGCACAAAUCUCAACCACAUAGUUUUUACUAUUCUUAUUUCUCACCUACUUUGCACUUGGCAAAGUCCACCGGGACGGAGGUAGUAUAUAUUAAGCACUUCAUUGUUUGGACCCCCCUUCAGCUCCCUCACCUCCUAUCCCCAACCCAAGCAAAUGGAAGCUAAAGAGCCAAUCAUCAUCACACGAAAAGAGGAUAUGAGAAAAUGGUCAAGAUGCGUAAGAGCCCAAGGCAAGACCAUAGGUUUUGUACCCACGAUGGGCUACCUCCACGAAGGUCAUAUUUCUCUCAUCAGAGAAGCACAAAAACACGCACAAGCCAUAAUAGUCUCCAUCUAUGUGAACCCAGGCCAAUUUUCUCCCAAUGAGGACCUAUCCACAUACCCUAGUGAUUUUCAUGGAGAUAUCCAAAAGCUAAGGUCUAUUCCUGGUGGUGUAGAUGCUGUGUUCCGCCCUUAUAACCUGUAUAAUCAUGGAGACGAGUGUAACAGGAGUCAACAACAAGAAUUGGUUAGAGGGGAAGUAAAUGAGGUUUCUUGUGUGGGAGAAAAUGGGGGAGGAGGGCAUCAGACGUGGGUCAGAGUUGAAAGAUUAGAGAAGGGGUUGUGUGGGAAGAGCAGGCCUAUCUUUUUCAGAGGGGUUGCUACUGUUGUUACCAAACUGUUCAAUAUUGUUGAGCCUGAUGUUGCUGUCUUUGGCAAGAAGGAUUAUCAGCAAUGGAGAAUUAUUCAGAAAAUGGUGCAAGAUCUUGAUUUUGGAAUCAAGGUGAUUGGUGCCGAGGUAAUGCGAGAAGACGAUGGCCUUGCAAUGAGUUCUCGUAAUGUGCGACUCUCGCCUGAUGAGAGAAAACAGGCUCUGUCAAUAAGUCUGGCACUUUCAAAAGCCAAACUGGAAGCAGAGGUAGGUAGAAAGGACAAUUGCAAAGAGUUGAGAAGUCUAGUCAUCCAAUCUGUAGAAAAGGCUGGUGGACGAGUAGAUUAUGCCGAGAUUGUUGACCUAGAAAGUCUAGAGCCAGCUGAAGUGAUUAAGAUGCCUGUAGUCUUCUGUGUGGCGGCUUGGUUUGGAAAUGUCAGAUUGAUUGACAAUAUAGAAAUCAAUGCUUCUUGAAGCUGUUGACCAAUAACAUCUGGACUGGAAAUGACUACUCAAAAGUCUGAAGGUUUUGCCAUGUCAAACAUUUGGAUCUCUAUUUGUUACACAUACGUUACUUUGAAAUGGUCAAUGGUAGAAUUUGUCAUGUGAGUAAUUAAACGGAAAGGUCCAUUUCACAUAGACCUUUGUUGUUCACAUACAGAAUCUUCUAAGCAUUUGAAAUUGGAAAGUACUUUGAAAAGGUCAAUAAAAGUUGCAAUUUGUGUAAUCAUCAGAAAAAUCUCAGCAUUUGAAAUUUGAAUAAUG